UCCGGUAGCGUCCACCGCGUUGUCAUAACGUGCCAUUUACAUUUCGAACUUCACUCGCGUGCGAACGAGUCGCACCAAAUUUCUCGUAAGCAAUUUGAAAUUUAUGUUUUGUUAUAUAUAGUGACUGGAUUACUUUUAGUUGGAGAAUAUAUAAUCAACUAAAUUAAUACGUGCUUGUGAAGUGACUUACUGUUUCUUUUAUGAGUGAAAAACUACAAUUGAUUGUGUGUAAAUUUUAGGCGAUAGUAAAGUAAUUGAGUACAAUAAGUGUGGUUUAUUAGGAUUAUAAUUAUUGUACACUGGAUGGUGAACUAUAAAAAAAUUAAAAUGAAGCUGCGAUGGAACCUUUUAAUACAUUUAUUUGUAUUUGCGACGUGUGCCAAUGCCGUGCAGAAGUUUAUUGAAAUGCCGACGUAUACUGAAGUGGAUCCGGGAGAAGGAGCCUUGCUCAGAUGUAGGAUAUCUGACAAAAAGGGAGUUUGUUCGUGGCAGAAAGAUGACAAGCCGGUGGGCAUUUGCAGCGGGAAAUACGAGUGGGUUGAUAAGAACGGUCCCGGUGGGGGCGACUGCUCCCUAUGGGUGCGCGCUGCAACACUGCAACUAGACAAUGGACAGUGGCAGUGCCAAGUCACCGCCAGCAACUACGAUGUGCAGGAUGCCCUAUCCAGUCCUCCAGUGACACUAGCAGUUCGGGUGCCUCCACAAUCUCCUCGGAUUUUCUUCAAUGGAUCCUACAUGAUACCAGGAAAAGACAUCACGAUGACAGCUGGGAAUCGAGCCACAGUUAUUUGCGAGUCUAGAUAUGGCAACCCACCAGCACAUAUCGAGUGGUAUUUGGAUAAUGAACGCCUCGCCCAAUGGUCACAAACCAAUGUUACAGAAAUCGGAAAGGUACAAGUUUGGGCAGCGCACUCCGUUUUGGAAUUUGAAGGUACCAGGUCCGCCCAUGGCCGUCUGCUGACCUGCAGAGCUCAUCACCCUUCAUACCCCUCGCCGUAUUACAGGGAUACUUCUACGAUGCUGAGCGUUACAUUCGUUCCAGUAGUUUCCAUAGUCGAAAGCGACGCAGGCACGCUGGCCAACUUAGGAGUACUAGAGGAGGGUACCAGUGCCCUCACUCUGGAGUGCCGAGCUCAUGGCAACCCCAGACCCUACGUGUGGUGGACCAAGAACGGUCAAGACGUCGCAACCAACGGAGCGAAGCUCAUCCUUGCUCCAGUUUUUAGGAACCAUUCAGGUGUUUACAGUUGUCAAGCAAACAAUUUUUUGGGUACAUCAGACUCGGUGAAGAUUGAAAUUGAUAUUAAGUAUCCUCCGCGAGUAACUUGGGUUGGACCGGAUACAGUUGUGGAAGCAAACCUAUUCUCUCAAGUUACGUUGGAAUGUAAAGCUGAAGGCAAUCCCCCACCCUCUUACACCUGGUACCACAACCCCGAGUCAUCAGCCUGUAUCAAUUCACUAGAAGACUGCGCGCACCCGGUCUCGGUGAUCUCUCUGAGCUGGUCUGGUAUACUGCAACUGAGCAACGUGUCAUAUGACCGGCACGGACGGUACACCUGUGUCGCUACCAACCAGAUCGGAUUGGAAGAUCGAUCAUAUGAAUCUGAAGCUGUAACCCUGAACGUCUUUGGCCCACCAAUGGGCGCGCAGUCCGGCACCGCACAAGCAUGGAGUGGCGGCGAGGCGCGUGUGUCUGUCGCCGUGUGCGCCAACCCGCCGCCGCGCAGCGCCACCUGGCUGUGGGGCAGUCUGCGCCUCAACGUGCCCAGUCAGAUCGGUCACUACCGCACUUUAGAGCCAUCGAUGGAUAGCGGCUGCUACCGCUACACUCUCCUCAUCUCCAACACGGGCAUGUCGGACGCGAGAAUCUACGUGCUGCACGUAGAGAAUGAGAGGGGCUUCUCUUUCCAUGCGGUCACUCUUACGGUGCAUGAUGCUGCGCACGUGGCGCCUCUGAUUGCGGCGGCACUCGUCAUCGCGGCGCUACUCGUCAUCGUGCUGUGUUUCAUUUGGCUGUUUAGGAAACGUAGAGGAACUAUGGAACAUGAGACUCAACAUGUAUAGAGAGGCAGUGCAGGCAGCUUUAACGUCGCUGGAGAGAGAAGCCAAAGUAAUAUUGCCAUAUUCUUCUAGAUAUAUCAAUUGAUUUGCGUGAUUUGAUGUUUUGACGACAGUAUGUAGGCAUUAAACUUUUGUUAUAUCGAUGUAUCUUUUGCAUUUGCGUGAUGUACGACUUGCAAAAAGUCAGAUUUAUUAUAGAUUAACUUUCUAGCCAGUUUCUUCAUCAAAAGCAAAAGCCAAAGUAAUGUUGUAAAGUUAAGGUAACGGUCAAAUUCCUUUUUCACGAUUGAUGUAUAAGUUUUGUACUUUAGCCUUGAAAAAACUAAUUUGACUGUUACUUUUACUUUAUGACAUUACUUUGGCUUUUACUUUUGAUAGAGAAACUGGCUGUUAGUAUAUUCUUUUGUGUAUAAUCUCUA